GCCACUGUGGAGGCAAGAACACCAUAAAGCGCCUGCCUGUUUACUGGAUCCGUUUAAACCUAUGAAUGAACUGUAAUUUACUGAAUACAGACAAACUCCAAAUAAAGUAUCAGGCAAAGGAUUCUGAUCAAUACAUUUGGAUUAUAUAUAUGUGGGCUCCUGUGACAUAUCAGAGGACGACUUUCGCGGGAAACUUAUUUUGAUAUAGAAACAUGCCAGCGGAUAACAUGGAGAAAUCAUCUGGAUCUCCAGUUGCUGCCACUCCGGCAAAUUUGGUAACGACACCUGACAAACCCAAGACAGCCACGGAACACAGAAAGUCAUCUAAACCAAUCAUGGAGAAAAGAAGACGAGCGCGCAUCAACGAAAGCCUGUGUCAGUUGAAGACCCUUAUUUUGAACGCACUUAAAAAAGAUACCUCAAGACACUCGAAACUUGAAAAAGCGGACAUUUUGGAAAUGACGGUGAAGCACCUGAAAAAUCUUCAGCAACUUCAGAUAACCGGUGCCUUGAACACGGACCCAUCUGUGAUCGGCAAGUACCGGGCAGGUUUCAGUGAGUGCAUGAAUGAAGUCACGCGUUUUCUCUCCACGUGCGAAGGGGUAAACACCGAGAUAAGGACAAGACUCCUCAGCCACUUGGCGAGUUGCAUCGCGCACAUCAAUGUACUGAACUGCCCGGCCCAGCACCCCGUUUCUUCCUGCACACCCCAUGCAGCUUUCGGACAGCCAGUCGUGCAAGUCGCAUGCGCUUCUCCACAGUUAAGUAGUGCAGCUUGCAAAAACGGCACGCCGGUGAGCAUCUCGCCAGAGGCGGCUAAGAUCUACAGCGGAUUCCAGGUUGUGUCUGCAACGGAUGGGAAAUUCGCCUUUUUAAUACCCAGCUCGGCGUUCGUGCCUAGCGGACCUGUUAUUCCGCUGAACGGACUGAGCACGUCCGGCUGUGGCGCGCUGCCUACCUCCCCAGUUGCGCAGCUUGCCCCGGUAGACUCCAUGUGGAGACCGUGGUAGGGGCGACUCUGCUGGUCUAUUGUUGGACUCUAAAGAUUACAGUGUCUUGUAAAUUCGUGUAGCCAAUGUUUUCCUUGGCAUGGUAUUUUCUAUGAAUUUGAAGUAUUCGGUAUUUUGAGAUGUAUGAUAGAUUCACUUAAAUGUAUAUAUUUUUAGCUGAUAU